GACUAAAGCCCCUUCACACUGACGAAUUUCAAUCCGACCAGGGUCGUAGAAGACGAUUUGCCGAAGCUAACAACAUUCCUAGAGAAUCAGUUGUCGUAUGGUAAUCCCUUUCAGCCGAGCAAGAUAGGACGAACCCGAUCUAUUUAGGGAAGGUCGGCUUCAUUCAUGCCUUGGGACGACAAUGCAUCCUCAUCAUUACCUGUCGAUCAGAAGUGAUGUGCUGCUAGGAUGGUUCUCGGGAUACCGGUGUGCUGACGAUGGCCUUGACAGAGGUAUCGACAGGGAUGGAUUACAUGACAUCGACUAUGAGUACACGCUGGCGAAGGAUCGUUGCUCGAGUCUUCCGAAAUCCACAACAUCGAGGAGAUCAAACCCGACCUGAAGCUGAACCAGCUGAUAGACAAUCUACCGAUCUUUCCUUGGUAUUGGGGGCUUUGGUACGCCAGGGGUAUGUUAGGCAGGUGGGUCUACGUACAAUGCCACAAGAUGGAUGGCUUUCUUCCCUCUGCCUACCUAACUAUCUUAUUUUCCCUACGCGUUUGUUUACUCUGCUAGCGGCCUCGCAGUCUAUAUCGAUAUCUACUCAUAUUACAGCCAUUCGAGAUGGGGGUACGGAGACGGAGUCGCUCGCAGGAAGACCACCCUAUAUUACGUACAACGGCAACGGACAGAGAUUCCCACACGCCAGCACGGCUCGACACAAUCGGCUUCGGAGCCGGGUAAGAUCUGACCUAGGGGCGGCCCGCGAUCUGAGCCCGGAACUAGAGUCGCUCUGCUUCGAUCUCAUCACCAUCGGUCGCUCCCCGCCCGGUAGACAGGACAGGACAGGACGUGAUAACCCUUGGGUGGGCACACCCUACUACGGACCGCGCAGUCUAGGGCAUCUGGGCUGGCGGUGUACUGUAUAGUACCAUAGUAUGGAAAUCGAGGAAUUCAUGCGUGGCACGAAGCUCAACCCCCCUUAUGCUUGUCUCACGCAAUGCACCGGGGUCGACUGUCCACUAAACAGGGGCCCCGUCCUACGCCACCCAUCGCGCACCCUUCCGCUCUCCAAUUUCGACGAUGUGCUGGGGCUUUAUUA